AUGGAGAACAAGAAAGUCGACGACCCUGGUGCCCUGGCCUUACGGCGUCUGGUCCGAAGCCCAACCGGCAGUCGUCUGGCUCCCAGGCGCUCGUCGACAAGUGCUUCAUGUUCUUCCAGCAGCAGCAGCUGCUCAACAUCUUCAGUGACUUCGUCAGUCGACGGCGAGAUGCCAACUUCCUGUGUCUCACGCAACACUUCGAGCGACGAGUGUGCCUUGUACAGGUUCAUCGUAUGGGCAGCCGUCAAGCGCAAUGCCUGCCCCAAGAUGACUUCCGAAGAGCGGCGGGAGUGUCCCUUGCUGCGCUGCCGCAAGAGGUUCCCCAACCAUGAGCUCAUGCUGCAACACCUGUAUUCCUGCGACCACCUCGCCGGCGGAGAGUACUGGUGCUAUGACUGCGAGAAGCCCGAGCAGCUCAGCGAUGUCAAGUGCAGGCGCUGUCUGGGCCACCCGUCCAAGAGGAGAAAGAUCAUGACCAUGGCCAAGAGCUUCUUCAGUUCCUUGGGCCACAAGCCAAAGUCUCACAGCCUGGCGCUGGUUGCGUCCUCCAUGGGCAUGGGCGGCUUGGGCGUGGGAGUGGGCGAUGGCGGCUCUGGCGCUGGCGGGGGUGAAGACGAGCCCCCAAGCUACGACUAUGUGCUCUUCUCGCCUCCGCCUCCGCCUCCCCAGGCCGAACUCUCCUCGAACGAGAUACAUGAAAUCGGUUCGAGUGAGGUGCUGCUCCCCACUAUCCCGGAGUGUGAGACCGAGACUGAGCCUAUACCCGCCCCUGGGAUGAUCCCCUGUCUCCCCCCAUCCACAUUCCCCAUCUCACCACCAGGCUCCCACCCGGGAGCCGUGCCGCUGCCAUCGACUAUGGAAGCAGACUUCAUAAAUUGGAGGCCUUCACCACCUUCCCCCCAGACCGUGGCACCUCAAAGCCUAAUGAAGUCCAGCACAUCACGGUUGGUCGAUCGCCCAACGCUCCAGGUCAACACCCACCUGGACCAGUACCGAGGCCAAGGGAGACGACGCAGCAAGGUGCUGGCCCCGAGUUCCUCUGUCCGGUCCACCAGCAGCACCGACAGCACCGACAGCACUGAUAGCACCGCCAGCUACAACAUCUCGCCCAUGUCGGGCUGGUCCAACGGAUGGACAAAGACGUCCGGCUUCGAGUCUGCCUUGACGUCACCUGACGACCUCAUCAGUCCUCAGAGCCUCCUGCCCGUCGGUCCCUUCUCGACAAACAACACCACCACUGCUACUACUAAUACUGCUGACGGUACCACCACCUCGACGAGACCAAUUCCCUUUAGCAACAUGGAGUUUGAGAACAUGGUGGCCAACUCGUGCCCAUCAGAGCUUCCCGCCGACAUUCCCAUGUUUGACUUGCCUUCCACCAUGGAUCCUCAAAAGACACAGGCGCCCAUGAGCUUGGACCAGGCCGCCUUCUCCUUCAACACCGAUAUUCCUUUCCAGCUCCCAUUGGAACCUCAGCUACCCUCGACCGAUAGUGUCGACUAUGGCCUUGCACCGCCGCCGCCACCUCCUCCUUCACAACAACAACAACAACAACAACAACAACAACAACAACAACAACAACAAGCUACCAGUAACACUGAGCCAAGUCUCAUGCAGAAUACCAAUUCCUCCAGCCUCACAACCACCACUCGUAAUACCACGCAGUCUCUGGCCAGAUCAGUCCAUGACACGCUCCGCGAGCAUGUUGCCGAUUCAAUCAGCAAGCUCGAUGUCAUUAAUGAAAACCCCAUCUUCAUGCAGCUCAACCAGAUGUCCCUCUCCUCCAUCGCGGCUGUUGGUUUGGAAACCAUGACUGAGAUCCUGGAAGGCCGCCAAGCCUCAUCGCCUCUGAACCUCAUUUGCUUCGUCCACGUCGUCUUCUCUCUAUCUCUGGUGAUUCACGAACAAGAUGUCGCCAAGCACUCUGCUGCCAUGUUCAAGCAAGCAUUGCUGUACAGCGAUUGGUUCUCCGACGACGACAAGAUAUCAUUCAUCGAGGUUGUUUAUACACUUUGGAAGCCCAGCCAAGUAAACGAUGACGAGAUUAUUGCACUAUUGAAGUCACCCAGUGUCGGCAUGUCCAAGGGCAAACAGCCCGAACGGUUCCCUCAAGGAUCAAGGUCUGACCCGCUGAUACUGGUUGCGGCCUACUUCCUAGAUGGUACAUAUGCGCACUCAACCCUCCCGUCUAUUUCCUUCCCUUUGCUCAAGAUGCUAAUGUGUGACUAUCUCGAGUACAUGGCCAUCAACGACAGCAGCUAUACGGGACAGGCCUCUGAACUUGCCAUGCAACACCACAAAGACGGCCUCGGAGCUAGCCACAAUUCACCGUUCGCCAUUGCAGCCAGGUUUAUGAUUGACAACAUCUUUUCUCAUGAAUACUCUCACUAUCCAGGGUUUGAGCGCCGCAUGCAAAGACUCAUUGGCCAGAUCAACUCUGGCGAGGUGGGAACCGUGCGUCGCUUGGAGCUAGAGCUGAUGCAGGCCGGAAGGACGUACCUACCUCCCGACGCAUUCUUUAGCGAAUAUGUCGAAGUCGUCCGGCGGCAGACCGACUCGCUGUACACGCAAAGCCCGUUUUUCAGCUCGCGGUCGACGUACCACCGAUGCGGCAUUCAGCUGCUGAUGAAGGAGUCUAACAGGAACCCAGUCAUUGCGGAGGCCGGAGUUGAGUCAUCGGCGCCGUCUUCCGGAGCGCUCAAUGGAAUCGUGGGCGUGGUACCAGUACCAAACAGCUUCGACAUUGACUUUAGCUCAAUGCUCGACUUCAAUCCGGACCAAGGAUUGGACGACGAUGUUGCCGAACCUGCGGCCAUUGCCGGCGCCCCACUCAUGGGAGCCUCGCGGUGGACACCAGGAGAUGCCGCAUUUGUCACAGUCGGCACCGCCGCCAUAGCCACGCCUGCAGCGCCUCGGCCUAUGGACGCUGAUGCGCUGCCGCUGGUGGACGACGAUGUGCUGAUAUCCCCGAUUGCAUCGACGCCCAACAAGGCAGAGGCAUUAGCAUCGGCAUCGGCAUCGUCGACCAAGGUGGAAUCCGACAGCUGCUGCAAGCUUUGCGGCUAUCGACCCAAGGGCGACCCCCGGUGGUUCGUGGGCAGCAUGGCCAAGCACAUGAGGACGAUACACAGCGACAAUCCCCAAAUCUUCCGAUGCCCCUACCCGGGCUGCACGAGCCAGUACAGCAAGCGCGCGGACAAUCUGCGGCAGCACCAGAUUGAAAAGAAUCACUUCGUGGACGACGAGGAGAAGCAGGGGCGGCGGCCGCGCAAACGGAAGCGUCCGUCAGACAGCGGCGUCGGCGGCGAAUGA